AUGGAGAGGCAGAAGUUCCCCUUUACUAUUGAGAACAUCCUGAAGUAUCCGAGCAGGAGUGGAGAUAAACGGUCCUACGGAGCGAGUGGUCUUGGCUUAAAAGAGAAGACAGUGAGUCCUGCUGGAGGCCAAACAGAGGCGGUUCAUCAUGCCUGCCUGUGCUGCUGCUACUGCUCCCACUGUGCUGACAUACUCCAGCCUGACUUCAUCCACGAAGCUUGUCAGUAUGGCUGGAACCCAGCAAUCCUCUCAGAUUCGUGCAGGCUGGCAGACACUCACAGGGAGGAGCAGUCACCCAGUCAACAGAGGCGAACCCGGCGUCACCGGACCAUUUUCACUGAGGAACAGCUGGACGCACUGGAGGAGCUGUUCCUGCAGAACCAGUACCCAGAUGUGAACACAAGAGAGAAACUCGCACAGCGCACUCACUUAAGAGAAGAGAGAGUGGAGCCACUGUGA